AUGGCGAUGAGGGUUGCUUUGAAAUUCGGGAAAGAGUGCUGUAUGCAUAGGAAUAAGGUUAAAUUCAACGAUUAUUUCAGGCAUUGCUUCUGCACUACUGCUUCAGUUGGCGCCGCUAGCACUCCAUCCAAAAUUCCCAAAAAAGUUCCUCAUUUUUCGAAGAAGGGUAGAUUAUUUACUGGAGCUGCUAUAGGGCUACUCAUAGGUGGAGGUGCAUAUGCAAGUACUGUAGAUGAAGCGACUUUCUGUGGCUGGCUAUUCUCUGCAACAAAACUAGUGAAUCCUUUGUUUGCAUUUCUCGACCCAGAGGUGGCCCACCGACUGGCAGUAUCUGCUGCAGCCCGUGGGUGGGUCCCGAUUGAGAAAAGGGCCGACCCGCAAAUAUUGGAACUCAAAGUUUGGGGAAGGAGGUUUUCCAAUCCAAUUGGUCUUUCUGCUGGUUUCGACAAAAAUGCUGAGGCUGUCGAAGGCUUGCUUGGGUUAGGUUUUGGUUUUGUGGAGGUUGGGUCAGUCACUCCAGUUCCGCAGGAGGGCAAUCCAAAGCCUCGUAUAUUUAGAUUGAGAAAGGAAGGUGCCAUCAUCAAUAGAUGUGGCUUCAAUAGCGAAGGGAUUGUUGCUGUAGCUAAGCGGUUGGGCGCCCAACAUGGUAAAAGGAAGAUGGAAACAUCGAGCAGCUCAUCUUUCACUGAAGAGGAGGUCAUACAUGGAGGGAAAGCAGGUCCUGGUAUUCUUGGGGUUAAUCUAGGAAAAAAUAAGACAAGCGAGGAUGCUGCAGCUGAUUAUGUGCAAGGAGUUCACACUUUGUCACAGUAUGCCGAUUACUUGGUUAUCAAUAUUUCAUCCCCCAACACUCCGGGACUGCGGCAACUUCAGGGUAGAAAACAAUUAAAAGACAUUGUGAAAAAGGUUCAAGCUGCUCGUGAUGAAAUGCAAUGGGGGGAGGAAGGCCCACCACCUUUGCUUGUGAAAAUUGCUCCAGACUUGUCUAAACAGGAUCUCGAAGAUAUUGCGGCAGUAUGCACAUAUAACUUCUCUCUUUCCUUUUUAAUCAUCAUAUCAAACACAACUAUUCAGAGACCAGAUGCCGUAAGCCAAAAUCCAGUGGCUGAGGAAACUGGAGGCUUGAGUGGAAAACCACUCUUUAACUUGUCCACAAAUAUACUCAAGGACAUGUAUAGUCUUACAAAGGGAAGAAUUCCUUUGAUUGGAUGUGGAGGUGUGAGCAGUGGGGAGGACGCGUACAAGAAAAUACGAGCAGGGGCAAUUCUUGUUCAGUUAUAUACUGCUUUUGCUUAUGGAGGACCUGCCCUUAUACCUCAGAUAAAGAAUGAACUCGCCGAAUGCUUAGAGAGAGACGGUUUCAAGUCUAUUUAUGAAGCAGUUGGAGCCGAUUGCCGAUGA